AUGUCCGCGGCAAAUAGAGGCCCAGGGAACGCAAGCAGGCGGAAGAGGGCUCGCGAUGAAGAAGACGAGAUCAUGUCCUCAUCACCAGCUGCGCUGCCUUCUUCUCCACCUUUGCUCCCCACGAACGAGAAUGAUGAUCUUGGGGACGAUGAACUGCAGACAGAAGACGACCUUAUUGGUGACAUUGACGACGCCGACGAGAUGGCCGAGGAUGAAGAUGGCAUCGAUCUCUUUGGAGACAACUUUAUGAAUGACGAACGCGAACGCGGCGACCAAGAGACCUAUCAAGGCCGAAUGAUUGAUGACGACGGCGAAUAUGACGACCUUGACCUGGCUUCUCGGCGUCAAUUGGAAGCACGUCUCAACAAGCGCGACCGCGAGCUGGCUCGGAGGCGCCGCAUGCCCGCAGCAUUCAUGCCAGAUGAUGACGACGAUGCUGGAAUUGACCUGACCAAGCAGCCACGGAGACGCCGCCAUCAUUAUGACGAGGAUCAAGAUGACAUGGACCUUGACGAAAAUAUUAUGGAGGAAGAGCUCUCUUUGGAAACGUUGCAAGACGUCAAGGCAUCGAACAUCACCGAAUGGGUCACUCUGCCUCCGGUCAUGAAGACCAUCGCUCGCGAGUUCAAAUCAUUUCUUACCGAGUACAUCGAUGCUAACGGCACGUCGGUGUACGGUACCCGCAUUCGCACUUUGGGAGAGGUCAAUUCAGAAUCGCUCGAAGUGUCUUACGAUCAUCUGGCCUCCACCAAAGCUAUCCUGGCAUACUUUCUUGCCAAUGCUCCGUCGGAGAUGCUCAAGAUCUUCGAUAAAGCCGCCUUUGAGGUCGUCCGACUACAUUAUCCGAACUACGAACUGAUUCACCCGGAGAUCCAUGUUCGAAUCUCAGAUUUGCCGGUUCAAUAUACUUUGCGGCAACUGCGACAGUCACACCUCAAUUGUCUUGUUCGAGUGUCCGGAGUGGUUACUAGACGAACUGGGGUCUUCCCACAACUCCAAAUGGUCAAGUUCACAUGUCAGAAGUGCGGUGUAACUCUUGGGCCAUUUGCCCAGGAGUCAACAUCAACCGAAGUCAAAUUGACUUUCUGCCAGAACUGUCAGUCGCGGGGUCCUUUCACGCUGAACAGCGAGAAAACCGUCUACCGGAACUAUCAGAAAUUGACCCUGCAGGAGUCGCCCGGCACCGUGCCAGCGGGUCGUUUACCACGACACAGAGAAGUCAUUCUUCUUGCGGACUUGAUUGACAAGGCGAAGCCCGGCGAAGAGGUUGAAGUGACUGCGAUUUAUCGCAAUAACUACAGUGGUCAGCUCAAUAACAAGAAUGGUUUCCCCGUGUUUGCAACGAUGCUUGAAGCCAACCACGUUAUCAAAACACACGAUCAACUCGCUGGGUUCCGACUGACAGAGGAGGACGAACGACAAAUCAGGGCUCUUUCGAAAGACCCCAACAUCGUGGACAAAAUCGUUGAUUCAAUUGCCCCCUCAAUUUAUGGGCAUCGGGAUAUCAAGACAGCAGUUGCGCUAUCUCUCUUCGGCGGUGUCAGCAAAGAGGCCCAAGGCAAACACAAGAUCCGCGGCGAUAUCAAUGUCCUACUGCUUGGUGAUCCUGGCACAGCCAAGUCGCAAGUGUUGAAGUAUAUCGAGAAGACCGCACAUCGAGCAGUCUUCGCUACAGGACAGGGGGCGUCCGCAGUUGGUCUGACUGCCUCUGUUCGCAAGGACCCGCUCACACAAGAAUGGGGACUUGAAGGUGGUGCUCUUGUCCUGGCUGAUCGUGGCACCUGCCUGAUCGACGAGUUCGACAAGAUGAACGAUGCCGAUCGAACUUCUAUCCACGAAGCCAUGGAACAACAGACCAUCUCCAUCAGUAAAGCUGGUAUUGUCACCACGCUUCAGGCACGCUGCGCCAUCGUUGCUGCAGCCAAUCCAAGCGGAGGCCGAUACAACAGUACUAUUCCUUUUAGCCAAAAUGUCGAGCUCACAGAGCCGAUUUUGUCUCGUUUCGACAUUUUAUGUGUGGUCCGAGAUACAGUUGACCCCGAUGAAGACGAGCGGCUUGCAAACUUUGUGGUCAACAGCCAUGGACGAGCGCAUCCCGCAAGACUCGAGAUAGACGCUGGAGACAUUGCCGCCAUGGAGACUGAACCAGUGAAUGCAAUCAACAAUGGCGAACCACGGCAAGAAGGAGCAAUUCCCCAGGAGUUACUCCGCAAGUAUAUCAUGUAUGCCCGAGAAAAGUGCCGGCCGAAACUCUAUCAGAUCGAUCAAGAUAAAGUGGCUAGGCUCUUCGCAGAUAUGCGAAGAGAGUCUCUCGCAACGGGCGCGUACCCUAUCACGGUCCGUCAUCUUGAAGCGAUCAUGAGAAUUGCAGAAGCAUUCUGCAAGAUGAGACUGUCUGAUUUCUGCUCUUCGCAAGACAUUGACCGUGCGAUUGCGGUGACUGUCGAUUCAUUUGUCGGCAGUCAAAAGCUGAGCUGCAAGAAGGCACUUGCCAGAGCAUUUGCAAAGUAG